ACCGUGUAUCUGGGACUACACUUUUUAAUCUCGACUUCGGACCUCCUUGGCUCUGUUCGCUCUUUUCAACAGAUCAGGACACAUGGUAUCUAAACUCCUUAUCUGGGCUGCGGCUCUUCUCGGUGUCACAAGCGCUCGCCAGAACAGAGCCCGAGAUGAUAGCAGCAGCGGUGGCAAAGGGCUCUUUCUUCGAUGGUAGCGAUGGCCUCGGUACCCAGGAUACUCAAGCCAACUCAGCGACCUCGGAAGAGAACUUUAUCAACUUCUGCAGCGGAAAGACUCUUACCAACGGACUCCAAAACACCGAUGGGUCAUGUAACGGCAUCCCAAUGGGCAACAUCCCAGCCAAGUCGGCCAUGAUCUCGUCGAUUCUCCUGAAUCCCCAGGCCGGGGACACGAUCACGGCCGGAACGGACUUCGACGUUCAAGUCCAAACCAGCAACCUUGUGGCAGGCAGCUUCACAAACGCCGACACCACUUACUAUUCGGCGCCGCAGGAUCUCCAGGAUGGCAAGGUGAUUGGCCACACGCACAUCACGGUCCAGGAUCUCGGCGACAGCCUGAAUCCGACGACACCUCCGGACCCGACGCAAUUCGCUUUCUUCAAAGGCAUCAAUGACGCUGGUGAUGGCAAUGGACUCUUGUCGGCUAUCGUCUCAGGAGGGCUCCCGGCCGGCAACUACCGAGUUUGCACCAUGAACUCGGCGGCUAAUCAUCAGCCGGUCAUCAUGCCCGUUGCCCAGCGUGGAUCCCAGGACGACUGCAACAAGUUUACCGUUGAAGGGGACGGGGGUGAAACUAACGCCGCUGCCAACAACGGCGCCGAUGGCGAGGCGGCUGCCAAUACCGCUGCCGAGGCUGUUAAUGAUGGCCCAGGAGCUAUCGUUGACGACAACGGCAACGCUUCAAACUCGUCCUCGACGAUCAGCUCUAGCAGCUUCGAUGAUGGCCAAGAUCAGCAGCAGCAGGAGGAGGACAAAAAUAAGAACAGCAGGAACAAGCGCAGAAACCUUCGCUUCGGAGAGCGAAUCUUCGUUGCCUAAGCACCUCCAGUCGAACCAGACUCCAAAGUCGUCAGGGAUCUAUGUGACAUUAAUGCGGCUUGUUGUCGCGGCUUGACGUGAUCAAUAUAUUUUGUUCACAAGCAGGCGUAGGGAGUUGGAGUUUUGCAUUGGUUGUGGUAAACUAAUUGUAUAUGAAACUGAAAUCUCAUGAGUUGACCGGGUUAUUGGGGGACGUGUGAGGAGUGUGAACUCUGAAUAUUUGAAGGAGCUAAGAUGAUAGCUGUGCCAAUACUUUUGUUGCUGUGGAUUUAUUGUUUGGAUGACUACUAUCUAGCGAUAAAUAUUG